AUGGCUGGGGUCCCGUAUAUUGAGCAGGACCACGACCAGAUGUCCAAGCUCAUGCAGUCAUUGGAACAAUACAGAAAGGAGCAGCGCCGCGGCAAGGCGUCCGUGAAAAAGAAUCCAUUUGAAGUCAAAGAAUCACCAAACAACAUCACAGUCGACUCGUGGCGAUUUCAGGAAUGGGACUACAAGCGACGUGAUCUGCCAGUGUACGCCCGUGGUCUGUUCACCACCAAGACAAGCAAGAACCGCUACGAGAUUGCUGUGCGAGGCUACGACAAGUUUUUCAAUGUCAACGAAGUAGAAGAAACAAAGUGGGACAACAUUCUGACAAGAACACAAGGGCCAUACGAACUCACGCUCAAGGAAAACGGAUGCAUCAUCUUCAUUGCUGGUCUUGAGGAUGAGACUCUCAUUGUUUGCAGCAAACACUCCACAGGAGAUCGUGGUGGCGAGAUAACGCAUUCAAAGGCUGGAGAAGCUUGGAUAGAGAAACAGCUUCAAGCUCUUGGUAAGACGAAGCAUGACCUCGCCCGGGAACUUAGACAGCGCAAUGUGACGGCUGUGGCCGAGCUCUGCGACGACGCCUUCGAGGAGCAUAUCUUGGCUUAUGGACCGGAAGAUGCCGGCCUCUAUCUACAUGGACUUAAUGUCAAUGUGCCCGAAUUCAUCACAUACCCUAGCACAGCUGUUCAGCAAUUUGCCGAGGACUGGGGUUUUCGCAAGACCAACUAUAUCGUGUUUGAGGACGUCAACAAGGUCAAAGAUUUUCUCGAGGAAGCAGCCAUUACCGGCGCACACGACGGUCGUGAUGUGGAAGGCUUUGUCAUUCGUUGUCGGAUGUCAGGUAGCCCUGACAAUAUCCCAUUUCAGGACUGGUUCUUCAAGUUCAAGUUCGAGGAGCCAUACCUCAUGUAUAGGCAGUGGAGAGAAUGUACCAAGGCAUUAAUUAUGGGCAAGCCGCCCAAAUUCAAGAAGCAUGUUGCCAUUACCGAAGAAUAUCUUCUGUACGCCAAGAAGCGCCUGGCUACGAACCCUGGACUUGCAAAACUCUAUAACCAAAAUCAUGGGAUAAUUGCCCUGCGCAACGAAUUUCUCGACUACAAGAAUAUCAAGGGCAGCGAUGCUGCAAAUAUGGAUCAAUCCGAUGCGAUAGUCAUGGCAGAGAUCACCAAGGAUGUUGUUCUGGUGCCAAUAGCAACCAUUGGAUGCGGAAAGACUACGCUUGCUUUGGCAUUGAAAGAGCUUUUCGGCUGGGGACAUAUCCAGAAUGAUAACAUUUCUGGAAAAGGGCGACCUCCCCGAUUUACCAAGGCAGUGCUGGCGCAGCUCGAAGAGCACCCUGUUGUGUUUGCCGAUCGCAACAAUGCACAAAGACAUGAGAGAAAGCAAAUAAUCUUCGACACAAAGACUCAGCAUGAGUCAGUUAAGCUGGUGUGCCUCAAUUUCCGUCACGACCAAGAAUCUCUUGAAGAACUUCGACAGGUGACGCGCGACAGAGUCAUUCAACGUGGGGAUAAUCACCAGACAAUACAUGCCGCCAGCGACCAAGACAAAUUCCUUGGGGUCAUGGAUGGUUUUCUAGGGCGCUUCGAGACUUGCUCCCCCUUUACUCGGCCAGACGACGGGUUCGAUGCUUUCAUCGACUUGGACCCUAUCGCAGGAAGCCGGAAGAACCUGAGCACCGUGGUUACAAGGCUUCAUGAAAUUUUUCCCAACAUAGUCAAGGAAUUGCCAAAAGCUGAGGAGCUUGACAAGGCGCUUGAGUCUGCGCUCGGCUUCAAACCGGAUUUUAGGCACGACAUUCCGGACCGCAAGGGCAGACAACCAGCCAAGCAGCAACAGAAGAAGGAGAACAAGCCCAAGGAGCUUGAAUACAUGUCCAUCGCUGUCCCUGGAACUAUCGUCAAUAACACGCUCGACAAGGUUUUCGCCUCGUGUGACAAAGAACUAUCGCGCAGCUACAUGCAGCUCAAGCAAACUCGCAGAUUACAGAUGGCUUUCCAUGUAACGCUUUUGCAUAGAGCCAACGCCAAGCAGUUCCCUGAGCUCUGGCAGCGUUACCUUACGCUGCACGAUAAUGCUGGUAGAGGGGCUGGAAAGCUUGGCGAGUGCGAUGUAGUCAUGGAGAGGGUUGUUUUCGACCAGCGCAUCAUGGCGAUUGUAGUCCGGAUCGAUGACAAAUCUAACACAUGGAAAUGCGCGAACCGCGUUGCGCAUAUAACCGUAGGUACAAGAGACAGCACAGUCAAGCCCAAGGAGAGCAAUGAUUUGUUGGCAAGGUGGCUCGAUGAUGGUCCUGAUGGUACCGUUCGUAACCGGAGGGCAAAGCGCUAA